CGGAUUUCGGUUAAGAUGAUGGAGUACAUGGAGGAUAAGUUUGCGUUGAAAAGCCAAGCGAUGAAGGCCAGCGAUUACUACAUGGACCAAGUCAUGGAGAGCCUGGACAGCGCGCAGUACUUCACCAAGUCCUCCCCGAAAUGCGUGCAGGCCUUCGGGCUUCAGAGCGGAGAACACCGCUCCUCGCCCUGCGGAGACCAAAGUGCCACUUACGUGGUGCCAAAAACAGACGACGACACUUUGCACUCGGACCUCGGGAGAUCGAUAGAUAAUUGUUGCACCCUGCGGGCGUCCCCGGUGACGACCGGACAGGAGAAAACGGAUUUGGACGACAUGGGAGACAAGUGCGACAGUAAUGUGUCCAGCAGCAAGAAGAGGAGACACCGGACGACCUUCACCAGCGCGCAGCUGGAGGAGCUGGAGAAAGUGUUUCAGAAAACUCACUAUCCAGAUGUUUAUGUGAGGGAACAGCUGGCCAUGAGGACGGAAUUAACUGAGGCCAGAGUGCAGGUUUGGUUUCAGAAUAGAAGAGCAAAGUGGAGGAAAAGGGAGCGCUACGGGCAGAUCCAACAAGCCAAAACUCACUUCGCAGCCACCUACGAUUUAUCAGUGUUACCGCGGACCGACAGCUACACACAGAUUCCCAACAACCUGUGGCCGAGCCCUGCUCCCGGUGGCUCUGUGGUCUCCUCCUGCAUGCUGCCCCGAGGCUCUCCUCCCUGCGUCACUUCCUACUCCCACUCCCCCCGUUCAGCUGCCAGUGCUGCUGAACAUGGCUACGUGGGCUUCCCCAACCAGCAGAAUCAGUUUGGCCAUGUUUCCCUCAACAACUUCUUCAGUGCAGAUUCCCUCCUCACGCCGGCCGCCAAUGGUCACCACGCCUUCGAGACCAAGCCUGAGUUUGAGAGGCGCUCGUCCAGCAUAGCCGUGCUGCGCAUGAAGGCCAAGGAGCACACGGCCAACAUCUCGUGGGCCAUGUGA